UCAACCCUUGUCCUUCUACAGCCCUAUCUGAGCCUCAGCUGAUGGUUAGCUGUCUGACAGCCUUGAGAAAGGGGGCACAACCUUUUCUCACUUCUCUCUGGAGUAAAACCUGAAGUCAGGAACUGGGCUUCAAGGAGACAACCAUGAACACAGCAAAUAAGUUUCCUGAAAAACCUCAGCCCAGACUCAAAAUACAGCAAGAUCUCCAGGAGGUGCUGACAGAAGUGGGGCUGUCUGCUGACUACUGGCUGCCUAAGCUUCAGAAAGACCUGGGUGUGACCUGUGCCCAGGCCUUACAACACUUAGACAAAAAAGACCUCCAGAAGCUGAAGUCCCAGACACAACACACAUGGGAGAAAAAGGCCCUAGACAAGCUGCUUGACUUCUCACAGCCAGACAAUGUUGCACACUUCCAGGAGACUCCAAGACAGAUGAUAAAGAACAGGCAGAGGCAGGCAGGACAGGCACUGCAGGAACUGAGGGCCUUGCAGUCACAAGGGAAGCACAGACAGGAAGAGGCAGUGAGGAGGAAAGAAGCAGAGCUGAGACAAGCAAUGGAGAUCCCUGAAGAGUACUGGCCUGGACCCGAAGUGCCCCUAAAAGACGUCACUGAAACAAUGGAGAGACAUCUCAAGGAUGUGGAGCAGAAACUCCCCUACAGUGGAAAUCUCUCAGAUAGAGAGCUGGUAAGAUGGUUAUCUGGAGGGUUGGCUCUUCAGGGAAUUUAUAAGACAAGAAAGCAAAGGGACCUGGUAGCGAGGAGGGAGGAGCUACUCAGGGUCCCCAAAGAAUUCUCCCUUUUUGGAUCUGAGCAAGGAAAAAGAAUAGAAACAAAAGAAUUCACAUCUUCUGAAGAAGAGUCCAUGUUCACUAAAACUGUGGAGAAGCUUGGAUUUGGAGCAAUGAUAUCAGCCAAGGGUGGAUGCUGGGGAUUUUGUCUGGAAGAUGGUAUAGAUCAAAGCAAAUAUUCAGAAUCUAAGGACACUCACCACUCAUAUUCAGAGGAUUCUUAUUUCUGUUCAACCAAGUUCAGCUAUGUGCUGGCCUCCUUCCACUUUCGAACUGAUCAGCUGCAACUCUCCACUGCCACUCUCAAGGAACUGAAAAUCAUUGAAGAGCAACUGGAACACACUGAUGGACCAGACAGAUUCCUCUUACUGAGGAACAGGACUGAAAACUUCUUCAACAGAUUUGGCUCUCAUGCUAAUCAAGGCCCUCUGCACCUUGGAGGAAUCUACUGCUGGAAGGCCAUUUCAGAGAGUUUCAGAAGUGGCCAGCUGAACUGUGUGAAGCAGGAGACAGCAGCUGCUUUGCUGAGUUACAUAAGAAGGAGCUCCAGUGGUUUUGGGAUUGACAUUGUUGGAAGGACAGCAGCAUCACACUCACAUUAUGUAAGAUCCUGCCAGAAUACAACUAAUGCAAAACUCCAAUUAAGUGUCCAAUUAUCUGUGGCCCAGAUAGGUGGGCCAGCAGAAACAAAUGGAAUUGUUCACUGGACAGCUGGCCUUCUUGCCAGCAACAAAACCGGGUCAAUCAUUGACCAGGAAUUUCAGUUGGUACCUAUUUGGGACAUUAUCCUCUAUAGCCACAAAAGUGAUUUUAAGGAGCCACUUCAUGUGGCUAACUGCCUGAAAGACAACUACACUGUACUGACUGGCCUUGCUGUUCAAAUCCAGGAUGAGGAAUAUUUCCACCGUAGUGGUCAAGACAUUAAACUUUUUCAAAAAAAUAUGAAUUUCCAAGAGGUUUCUAAUUAUGAAGGGAAACUUAAGAGACUGAUGGAUUCCACGAAAUCAUUGAGUGAAAAAAUUAAAAGUUAUGACAUUUGGACUCAUAUGUUUUUCACAGAUUGGCAGCUGCAGAAUUUUCUAAUUAGCACAAUCAACUUCCUUAAAGAAGCAGCUACUUAUUUAACUCAGUUUAUUAAUGCUCAGGUGUGGAGACUUCUAGAACCCCAUGUCUACAAAGUGUCCAACUUCCUAAGGGCAUCAUCUCCCAUAGAGUGUAUCUACCAGUCAGAUUCAGAAGAAAAAGUCACAAUCACCUCAUUUUCUGAAUUCCUUAAGACAUUACAGGAAAUUAAAAGAAAAUUAGUAGAUGUAAAUAUGAAAAAUAAAUCCUUACAAACAGUGGAAGAGAUUCAAAGAAAGGCUAUAUAUGACAUGACCACAGCUCUGAGCUCCUUCUUGAGCUUCCUCAGAGAGUCUGAGCAGCCAGACAUGCAGCUGCUACUACUCUACAUUGCAGCUGGUGCAGGCUAUCAGCUGGAAAGCAAUGUUUUUCAGUCUUUCCUGGGGUGUGCUGAGUUAAAUUUCCUCCUGGGUGAAAUACAAACAGUUCAACAUAAAUACCAGCAGCUCAAAAAUAUUUGUAGUUACAGAGCCCAGGCAUUUCUGGUCCUAACAGCACUGACAGCCACAGUUGGAACCACAGAUAUUUCUAUAGGUAAGAAAAGGCAACGUUUGGCAUUAUUAAGACAACAUAUAGGACAACUCUUGUCUGAAGAAGUUGUAAGCAUUGUCAUGAAACAUAGAGCACAUCCUGAUUGGGAAAAUCUUGAGAAUGAUUUGAGAUUACUUGUUUCUGGGGACUACAUAGCCACUAAUGCUUCUUUGCAUAUGGACAUAGUGAAAAAAAAGUUGAAAAGUCUCCGUAACGAAAUUAAAGAGUCUUACAAACAACUAAGCAUUGAAAACAGCAAAAAGAGAGUGAUGGACAAACCUUUCACACACUUACUCCAACGUCUAGGCCUGGAUCAUCACUAUCCAAAAAAGAUGAGCAGAGCUAAUUUCCAUCUGAUCUACAAGAACUCUGUACACAAAUCCCAGCCAAGAUGUGAACAGGAACUUCCUUUCUAUUUCCUGCAAAAACUACUGAUGUUGGAUUGCAGGUUGAGACAGCUGACUGUCAAAGAUGAUGGAAAAACAGAAUACCAGGUCUCUGAAUGUUCAUAUAACCAGGUUAAUGGUUUUGAUCCAUAUGCAGAGUUAUUUGAAGAAAGUGAAGAUAUCUCCAAAUCAUCAGCCAAAAUGUCCCAGCUGCACAUUCACCCAAUGGACAUCCAGAUGGCCAUUUGUCACUGUGCAGAUGAUCUUGCCAGGCAAUAUAUUUUGUCCAAACUUUCCAUUUGUCAAUUUGCACUCCCCCUUGUGGUGCCAAAUCCCAACACUUCUCAGAUUGAGUUUUCUCUCUGGUCUCUCAGACAAGUUCGGAGAAGUUGGCAAGAGGCAAGUAGAUCACCACAGAACAAGAGCUACAGUCACCAGAAUCAGCAGAUGUGUUGUGUCUCUACCCCCAUUGUGUCCUUCAUUAGGGUUGGAAAUGGCCUCUCUGCUUCCAAAUCUCAGAUUAUGAACUCUCUCCUCAGUAAACGCAAACAUGAUGUGUUUUUUCAUAGACACUGUAGAGGAAGCAGCAAACACUGUCUCCUUAUGGAAGGAGUAGUGGAGAUCUCCUGGUUCUGUCCUGGGGGCCAAGGUGAGGACACAUUUGAUAAGUGUGUGGCCUUCACCAAUCUUCAUGGGGAUGCCAAAGAACAUAGGCAACAACUCAGCUUCCUGAAGGAUAUCUCUUCCCUCAUCGUGAUCCUUAUGUCAGCUUCUGAGGACAAUAAAGAAAACCAGAAUCUUGUCAGACACUUGUGUCAGUCAUCAAUACCUCUAGUGUGCUUGCUGGAUGAUAAAAAACAUGUCUUGGCUAAUAAUUCUGGUAGAAGAGUGAGAAUUGGUAUCAGGAAUAGAAACGAAGCAGAGUUAACUGAGGAACUCACAAAUGCCAUUAAACAUUUACUAGAACUGUCUGACACUUCUCUAAGCAUAGAAGACUGUUCACAUACAGCUGGAAGACAAGGAUUCCUGGUUGAUGAAGACCAGAGAGGCUGCAAGGAUGCCAAAGAAAAGGCUGAGAUUAUAAUGGCCCUACUGGCAAAACAGACAUUAUCAAAGAUAAAGGAAAACUUAUUACCUCUUCAGGGACAACUCUGGCAUACUUGGUGUAAGAAGGACAAAGAACUCUAUCAUCUGAGAGAAAAGGGAAAUCGGAGCAUUGAGCAGCAUAAAAGUGACAUAAAUACUCAGAAACAAAAACUUCGUUAUCAACAAUUAGAGAAAGCCUUUCCUCUCAAUGAUGUAAUGCAUUCUUUCCUUAAAAUAAUUCAAGAACACAAGGAAGCUGCUUCUAAUCAUUACAUCUUAUACUAGUUGAGUCUUUUUUUACACAAUUUGACCAAAGGACAUUUGGAAAAAUUACAGCAGAAGCAAAGAUUAUUGUGGUCAAUGGUACAAACAGAAAAACAUAAGAAAUAUGAAAGCAACUCCCUGACACUCUGGCAGAAUCAGAUAGAAGCCAUCUCCAUGGAGAUUCAUGACUGUACUUUUGGAAUUGAGCACCUUCUACGAGAAGUUGGUCAGAUCUAUGAAGCUCUGGAAGAAACUUCUGCUGCUAGAGAUAAAAGUUUUCUCUCUCUCCCUCAGAUUGCUGCAGACCUGAUGAUAUCUGGUGUUCCCAUUGAGCUGAUGGAUGGGGAUGCCUCAUAUGUGCCUCUAAAAUGGGUGACAGCAGUUUUUGACAAGAUCACAGAGAAACUUGGUGACAAAAGGCUGUUUGUUCUCUCCAUUCUUGGUCUGCAGAGCUCAGGGAAGUCCACACUGCUGAAUGCCCUAUUUGGGUUACAGUUUACUGUCAGUGUGGGUCGUUGCACCAGGGGGGUAUAUAUGCAGCUUCUGAAGGUAGAUGAGACACUCACAAAAGAACUUGGCUUUGAUUAUAUGCUAACACUAGAUACAGAAGGACUUCGGGCUCCAGAACUCAAAGGCAAAUGCCAGAAUCGGGACAAUGAGUUGGCAACAUUUGUCAUUGGCCUUGGAAACUUGACUCUCAUCAAUAUCUUUGGGGAGAAUCCAUCAGAGAUGCAGGAUAUCCUACAGAUAUCUGUCCAGGCCUUUCUGAGAAUGAAACAAGUGAAAAUCUCUCCCAGUUGCCUGUUUGUCCAUCAGAAUGUAGGAGAAGUUACAGCAAAAGACCAAACAAUGGAAGGACGAAGGAGACUGGAGCAGAGACUGGAUGAAAUGACUGCAUUAGCUGCUGAACAGGAAGAGUGCUCAAAUAUAAGAUGCUUCAGCGAUGUCAUUAAAUUUGAUGCCAGUACUCAUGUCUAUUACUUUGCACACCUCUGGGAUGGCAAUCCCCCAAUGGCCCCCCCUAAUCCUCACUAUAGCCACAAUGUCCAGGAGUUAAAAACUGGGAUUCUUAGGACUGUCCAGCAGGAAUCCAGGGGAAGGAUCAUGAAGAUCUCAGAUGUAAAAUUUCGAGUUCAAGAUUUGUGGAAAGCCCUGGUCAGUGAGAACUUCAUUUUCAGUUUCAGGAACACCAAAGAGGUCAUAGCCAUGAGUAAACUGGAAACCAAGUAUAACCACUGGACCUGGGAGCUGAGGAGUCAUGUGCUGGAAUUACAGAAUCAGCCGAACAAUCAGAUUCAGAAUGGGAAAAUCUUCACACUCACAACUAAUGCCCUGGAGAGUCCAGUUAACAAGAAAUAUGAAACCAUCAAGCAAGAAUUUGACAAGUAUUUUGAAGAAGACCAAGACAGUGAAACAUUGGUUCAAUGGAAAGCAAAUUUUGAACAUAAACUACUAAUUCUUAAAGAUGCACUUAUUUCAGACACCAGAAGUAAAGGCAAUGAACUCAUCAGUCUUAAACAAAACCAAGAAAGACUAGAUAACCAAAUGUCACAAUAUGAAAAUGAAUUUUUAGAGAGGAGCCGAAAGUUGGCUUUAAGUGUGAAAGGUAAAGAAUUAAAUGAUGAAAAGUUGCAUGAGAAAUUCAAUCAACUUUGGACAAAUUGUAUCGACAGUAUGUCUUUGACUGUACCUCCUGUCAAGGAGCCUCACAUUGAUUUGGAUUCUGAAAAUAUCCUUCUGGAGUACUUCAAGAAAGAGAAAAAUAUUGUGGAAAGACUCAAAGUGAAAUCAGGAGACAUGUUUGAAAUCAAUUAUUCCAAACAUGUCCAAAUGAAAAAAAUAUAUAUGGUAUUUUCAAAGAAUUUAGAAACCUGUCAUCAGGAGUCCAUUAAUAGGACCACUAAUAACAUUUAUUCAAGAAAUAAUGAAAUAAUAAAAAACAUUUGGAAGCAAAAGCGUGAUUACAAUCAGAAUGAUUUUCAUGAAAUCCUGAGGAUAAUAGAAAAUGAACUGAAAUCUGUUCCCCCAGAGGAAGACUAUACAUUUACCAGAGACUACACCAUUGACUUAUCCUUAUGCUUAUUCCAAAGAGCAUCUAAGAGUUUCAAGGAAAUGCACAAGGCAUUCAAGAGAGCAAAUGAUCCACUGAGCUAUCUGGAGAGAAAGAAAGAUCAUUUCUUCUUGAGUUUUAAGAUCUCCUGCCAAGGGGCCACCUCCAUCACAUCCUUUGUCGACUUCCUGUGGCUCAAGCUCACUCCUGCUAUCUCUGCCAACAUAUCGGAAAUAAGGGGUCCUAAAGUAGCUGGGGACAUGCGUGCUACCUGCCCUGCAUUCAGUGGAAAUAGGGCUAACCUGGAGAAUCAUAUUCUCCAUUCUCUAGCUGAAGAAGAAAACUUUGAUAAGUAUUGGCAAUACAUUCAUCACCCAGAAUCCUUUUUCAGGGAUUUCAUUAGUGGACACAUUAGAAGAUACUGUUCAGAAGAAGAAGGUGAAAAAAUAAAGACCUCUUUAAAAAUAAGUUUAAGUGACAUCAAGAAUGCAAUCCUCAUUGCCAUUCAUGAGUCCACAGCAGAAGAUAAAGAUAAAGCCGGAACUGUUUCUGGCUGGUUGGAUUUGUUCUGUGAUCACCUAGGGAGCAACCUGAUCUUUCCAAGAAGAGACCUGAUAAGCAUCGAGCACCAGGAGAUAAAGGAUAGUGAUUUUCUCAAAGAAGCCAUGAGUGCAGCUUUGGAUCCUGAAAUGAGGAAAGUAGAAGAGGACUGCUCAGGAAGGCCCAUAGAUGAAAUGGUUCCUGAAAUUGAGAAAAUUCUCUCUGAACAUCUCUGUGGCUGCUGGAAACAGUGUCCUUUGUGUAAUGCAAUUUGUACAAACACCAUUCUCCAGCAUGAAGGAGACCACAGUGUGCCAUUCCACCGUCCUCAGGCUGUCAACGGAUGGCAUAAGCAUAAAACAGACUACUUUGUCACUGGGUGCUGUACGACUUCUGUAGCAAGUGAUCGUUCAUUUAUUUUAGAUGAAUUCCAGAAAUUCCCGUACAAGAAAUAUCGAGAAGCAGGAGGUAAUUUUGCCACAUGGAGUAUCACCCCAGACUCAUUUACUCAGCCAUAUUGGAAGUGGUUUAUCUGUCGCUUCAAAUCAGAGCUAGAAGAGAAAUAUGGAAAAAAAUUUAAAAAGUGGGGUACUAUUCCAGUUUCAUGGACCAAAAUCACAAAACAAGAAGUACUUGAUGACCUGAAAAAUACUAUUUACAAAUAAAACACUACCCAUUAUAGUUUCAAAUUAUCCAAAGCAAGUCUCUUAUCAAUUUACAUCAUAUCUUCAUGCUUCUAAAUUCAAUGAAUUGAAUAAGUAAAAAAUAAAUAAACUGAAUGAAUAACAAUAAAACAGUUAGUAUUUCAAGAUUUGAAGAUUUUCUGCUAAAACGACUUCAUUUCUCUCAGACCUGAUAUAUCCUGUUUUAUACAUGAUGUACUAAGUAUGUUAAGGUUUUGACUUGUUUAUUUUGAUUUUUAUUUUUUGGAUUGGGGCUGUUGUGGUUCUCAUGUAUUUCUUAUUUUUCUGUUUUUUAUUGCUUGUUUGAGGAGAGAAAAAAUUAAAAAUUGUGUGGCUAGGGAGAUGGUGAGGACCUGCAAAAAUUGGGGAAGUUAGAAAAAGUAAUACAGUGCAUGAACAAGAUUUUCAACAAAAUAAAGAGUAUAAAAAUAAAAAAUCUGGUGUUGCAUGUAGGCCUGAGAAGGAAUCAUUCCUAGAAUUACAUUAUUGUUAUCAUGUAAUCAAGACUGAUGUUUAACAAUGAUUCUCAGUUUGACUUGAUCUAGAAUCACCUAGGAGACAAGACUCCAGGUCAUUAGUGAAAUCUGUUUUUUUAAUAAUUUAGUCUAUGCCUAGAGAAGAUGUUAAAGAAUAGAUUAAUGGAAGUGGGAAGACCUUCCCGAAAGCUACCUGAGCACUGACCAUUCAUUGUUCUCUGUUUGUUGACCAGUGUUGAGGUAAGACCAUCUGUCUCAAGUUCUAGCCUGUGUAAUUUCCCAUACUCUGAACUCAAACUGAGCUGGAAAUCUGAGUUGAUUUUGUUCCAGUGAUGUGUAGUGUUACCUAACUGUAUGAGGUUAAUUUCCUGCUCUUGGGAUAAAAAUACCACAACCAAAAACUGCUUGCAGGAGAAAAUGAUUGUUUUGGCCAAGGUUCCAGAAGUCUAAGUUUCAUCACAAUGGGGGAGCACAGAAACUAAAAGCAGGAGCAAGAAGCUGAGAGAUCACAUCUCAACUGCACACAGGAAACAAAAGCAAACUGUGAGCCAAUGGGGUUAUGAACUCUCAAGCCUGACUCCAGUGCUAUCCUUCCUACAGCAAAGGUACAUCAUAGGUUGAUAAGAAAUGUGGUAUGACUUAGAAUUUUCACAUCUCUCCCAAACAGUGGCACCAAGUAGGUACCAAAUGUUCAAAUACAUAAGUCUAUUGGACAUUUCUCAUUCAAAUCACAGUUUUCUACAACUGAUCCUAGAAGCUUAUGGCUAUGUCAUAAAUAAUGUAAAACCCAUUUAGUUCAACCCUAAAAUUCCCAUAGUAUUUAAUAGUCUUAACAUUGAUUAAACUACAAAGUCUAAGUAAAUUCCGAGUCUUCAGAAAAACUCUUAACUUUAUCCCCAAUGAACAAUAAUAAAAAUAAAUAAAAAUUUAUUAAAGAACUAUAUAUAUCCAACAGUGACACAGAAUGUAUGUUCAAAAUGAGGUAUGAGGGGGUUAUAGUGAGGAAAAAGUAGAGGAAAGCAAGACAGAAACCCGUAAGGGAAAAACACCAAAUCUUGCAACUCUGACUCUGGUGUAUGAAGCUUCAGUCUCAAAGGAAUUUCUUGACUCCAGCCCUCUGACUCUACUGCAUAUAAAAAUAGAUCACACUUAUGCCAUUUCUACUCUCUGUAUGCCUCAUGUCUCGGACAUCUCCAACAUCUUAGGAUCAUGUGAUAUAUUUGUUUCUAUUGUUUUGAGGAAGAUUCACAUUAAUUCCUAUAGUGACUCCAAAAGUUUGUCCUCCCAUUCAUAACAAAAAAGUGUUGUUUCCCAAAUUCUCACCAGCAUUUUUUGUGAUUUGUAUUUUUGAAAUUGGCCAUUUUGGUUAUUUUACAGUGAAAUCCAAAGUAGUUUUAUUUUGCAUUUUCCUGAUGGUUAAGGAUACUGAACAUUUUAAUGGUUAUUUGCAUUUUUUCUUCUGAGAACUCUGUUUUGUUCCAUGUCCCAUUUAUGCUGGGGUUGUUUUCUUGGUGUUCAGUUUUUAAGUGCUUUAUAUAUUCUAGAUAGAAAUCCUCUGCCAGAAGUAUAUCUUGUAAAGAUUUCCCCCAUUCUUCUUCUUUACCAUCAUGAUGGUAUUCUUUGCUAUAUAGAAACUUUUUAGUCUUAUAUGGUCUCAUUUGACAAUUUUGGUCUUAAUGUGUAUGACAACAGAGUCCUUGUUCAGAAAGUUCUGUCUUGUGCCUAUAAGUUGAAUAGUAUUUCCUACUUUCUCCUCUAUUAGAUUCAGAGUAUCAGAUUCUACUGGUUAACUAUCAUCUACUUGACACAAACUUGGGUCUUAUUGGAGGAAGGAAUCUCAAUUUGGGAAUUAUCUCUAUCAGAUUGACCUAUGGGUGUGUUUUUGUGGGGCAGUUUCUUGAAUAAUGAUUGAUAUAGAAAUGCCAACCCCAUGGUUACCUUUGCCACACCUGGACGGGUAACUCUAGGUUGUAUAAGAACACAAAAUUAGCAAGUCAAUUAGCAGCAGUGCUCCAUGGUUCUUUCCUCUAGGCUCCUGCUUAAUUUGCUCAGUGAUGGACUAUGAGCAGAAAUCAAAAGACAAUUUAGUUACUCUCCAGGCUGAUUUCAUUCAGUGUUUUAUCACAGCAAGAGAGAAGAAAUUAGGACAUAGAAUUUAUGCUGAGGUUCUUGAACCAUGUAUGACUGAGUUUUGUGCAGGGGUGAGAUAAUUAGUUAGUUUCAUUCUUCUAUAUGGAGCUAUGACUAGCACCAUUUGUUGAAGAUGCUAUCUUGUCUACAACAUUUACUUUUUGUAAAUGGAGUUUUAACUGGUCUACAUAAUAAAAAAACCUGGAGUCAUAUAGAGAAAAAUGCUGAGAGAUCAGAGAGAAGGAGAAAGCCACCGCCACACGUUACCUCUUUAGUGACUUAGCAGACAAGAGCAUGAGUUCCUGUUUCUCCCUGCUUAUAUCCUGUUUCUGUCCAGCUACCUCACCUUAGUACACAUAGUGAUGCAAUGUAAUCAGGAAUUAUAAGCCAAAUAAAUUAUUUUUCCCUUAGUUAGUUUUGGUCAGUAUUUGGUCUGCUUAAUAGACACAGUAAUAAACUGAUCCAGGACCUCUUAUAUUUGUACUAAUAUAUUAAUACAUCUCUCACCCUCAACAGAGAAGAUUCUAGUUGAUAGAUAUUAAUUUGGAGACCCAGAAACAGUCAAUAUGCAGUGAAUGAAAGAAUGAGAAGUGCUCAUUUCUAAAUGGUGCAUUUAUAUUCACCUCCUGCCCAUAAGGCUCAGGAAUAUUGUGAAAGGAGUGAAAAAGGUACUGUAAGAGCCAGAGAAGGCUGAAGUGUCACAGUAUUUGGUGGAUACAACAGUGCAUUUGCACAUAUGAAGUCACAAUUGCUGGGACUACAUGUGCCAGCCCUUGACAAAAUCAAGCCGGUCAAACUCUCAGUGUAGACGAGUAGGGGCUGGUGACAUCCUACUUCCUUAGAGAAGCUAUUAGAACUUGGUGGCUGCUGUGGGAGAGUCACUUUUUGUCAGCUUUGUGAGCUCUGAGAGGGCACCCAUGGUCCCACAUCAGUGCAUAUAAAGUCAGAACUAAAUGGACUCUGUCUUAAAAAAUACACCAAUUUUUUAUUUAUAUUUAUUUAUAUUGUUAUUAUAUUAAAAAUAAGUCAAUACAUGAAGGCAAGAGGAAAAGUAAAAAGGGGUUGAGGAAUUGGAGAGGAGAGAAUGGUGGACUGGGUCUGAUCAAAGCAUAUUAUAUAUACAUAUGAAUAUCAAUAAUAUGAUUUUAAUUGAUUAUUUCAGCAUGUGAGAUCUGUCUUUUAGGUUCAUUAUCUUAUUUAACACUUGAAAAUUUGGAGUUUGAGGUACUUAAUUUUGUAAUUUUCCUAUAUAUCAUCAAUAUAAAUCAUAUAUAUGAAGUAUCUCUGACAAGAAGACUUUUCUCAAUUCUGUGGGUUGUCUUUCAUUCUGGUGUUUAUUUUCUUUUCAAAGCAAAAAUGUUUUAAUUUCAUGUUAUCUCAUUUGUUGGUUUUUCAGGUUAUUUCCAGGGUUAACCCAAGUGUUUUUCUAGAGGUUCUUUCUUAAAACAUUACCUGCAUUUACAUGCCUAUUUACGUCUAUACAUGUGUACAUUAUAGAUCAUUAUCUGCAUGUGAGGGAGAGUUUUCUGGUUUCUCUCCCAGAAAUGCUUCAGGUUUCUCAGGAAAACAGUCUCAUAGCAAAGUCAGACCCUACUGAGACCUUGACCAUCUCCCUAAAAUAUUGCCAUCAGCACUGCCAUUUGGAGGCUGUGUUGUGAAGAACUAACAACUCUAUGUCUACUGCCAAACCUGGACUGAAGCUGAAUACUAAGUUAUCUUGAAGAGAUUUGGAAGAAUGCCUUUAACUUUAAUAUAUCAAGGCAAGGACAGACAUUUAAGCUUGGAAAAUGAAAAUAAAGUUAAAUAGAAACAAGAAUGCUUGGGUGGUGGGAACAGUUUAUAAGAACAUUCAUUAAUCAAGUAAAAACCUAGUUUACUCAUGGUAAGAAUAAACAUUCCAGGAGCUGGAAUAAGUAUAAGUCUUGUAGACAAAACUACAGCAUAGAGGUGGGAGUUGGGCACAAAAAUCUCAUUGUUAGGUGAGAAGCCAUUAAUUUCUGAUAACUUCUGGGAGAGGGAGAGAUAUGAUCCCUACUAGAUCUACCACACUCAGUGCAGGCCCUACUCCCAGGAGUAGUUAGGCAACACAAACUAGACUGAAUGGGAAAAAAGAAGAACUAGAAGGAAGAGGAACAGGAGCAGGAAGAGGAAGAGGAAAUCUAAGUGGGUGGGUUAAGAAGUGAGGAUGGAGAAGUUGGACAUGAGGGCUAUUGGGAGUAGAGAAUGUGAACAAAAUAUAUUGUGUUAAAUUCUCCAAGAAUUAAUAAAAAUAUAAAUUUUUGAGUGAAA